AUGGCAAGUGUUCUAGGUAAUGCUUCAACCAUUGUUACUUCUUGUGCAUUCAGGAAUGAGCCACAACUUUGUAGCAAAUUCACUGCAAGCACUUGCUCCACUACUCUGUGGCUUUCUUGCAUUGGCCUCCAUGGAAACAAGGGUAGAAAACAUUUUCAGAUCAGAUCCUCAAAUGGGCAUCCUCUGAAUGCUAUUUCUUCUCAUGAUGGUUUAAUUGGAAGUUCAUUGGCCAAAGAAGAUGGCCAGCCUCAACAAGUUGAAGAGUCAUUUUCCUUUUCAGACUCUGAAACUACAGGAUCAAACCUUAGUAUAACUGUUGUUGGAGCUUCUGGAGACCUUGCCAAAAAGAAGAUUUUUCCAGCACUCUUUGCUCUUUUUUAUGAAGAUUGCCUACCUGAGAAUUUUAUUGUGUUUGGAUAUGCUCGGACUAAAAUGACCGACGAAGAGUUAAGGAACAUGAUUAGCCAGACUUUAACAUGCAGAAUUGACAAGAGGGCAAAUUGUGCAGAUAAAAUGGAUCAAUUCUUGAAAAGAUGCUUUUACCAUUCUGGUCUGUACAAUUCUGAGGACCACUUUCUAGAUUUGGAUGCCAAGCUGAAAGAGAAAGAGGGUGGAAGAGCUUCAAACAGGUUGUUUUAUUUGUCAAUACCUCCAAACAUAUUUGUGGAUGUGGUGAGAUGUGCUAGCCUCAAAGCCUCUUCAAAAAGUGGCUGGACAAGGGUUAUUGUUGAAAAGCCAUUUGGCCGUGAUUCAGAAUCAUCUGGCGAACUAACAAGAAGUUUGAAGCAGUACCUCACUGAAGACCAAAUAUUCAGGAUUGACCAUUACUUAGGUAAGGAGCUUGUGGAGAAUCUCUCUGUACUUCGUUUUUCAAAUCUUGUUUUUGAGCCUCUAUGGUCCCGGGAUUACAUUCGCAAUGUACAGGUGAUAUUUUCUGAAGAUUUUGGAACAGAAGGAAGAGGGGGUUAUUUUGAUAACUAUGGGAUCAUUCGUGAUAUAAUGCAAAAUCACCUUGUGCAAAUACUAGCACUGUUUGCAAUGGAACCACCUGUCAGCUUGGAUGCUGAGGACAUCAGAAAUGAAAAGGUGAAGGUUCUGAGAUCGAUGAAACCAAUACUGCUUGAAGAUGUUGUAGUUGGUCAAUAUAAGGGCCACAGCAAGGGUGGUAGAUCACAUCCGGCUUAUAUAGAUGACCCGACUGUUCCAAAGGGUAGUCUUACUCCAACAUUUGCUGCAGCUGCUCUUUUUAUUGGUAAUGCCAGAUGGGAUGGAGUUCCUUUUCUCAUGAAAGCUGGCAAAGCUCUUCAUACUAAACGUGCAGAAAUCAGAGUACAAUUCAGACACGUCCCGGGUAACUUGUACAAGCGGAACUUUGGAACUGACCUGGACAAAGCUACAAAUGAGCUUGUGCUUCGUGUACAACCUGAUGAAGCUAUAUAUUUGAAGAUCAACAACAAAGUUCCUGGUCUCGGAAUGAGAUUAGACAGAAGUGAUCUGAAUUUGCUUUACAGUUCAAGGUAUCCAAGAGAAAUACCAGAUGCAUAUGAAAGGUUACUUUUAGAUGCUAUUGAAGGCGAACGAAGGCUGUUCAUCAGAAGCGAUGAACUUGACGCAGCUUGGGCACUAUUCACUCCUUUGCUAAAAGAAAUUGAAAACAAGAAGAUUGCUCCAGAGCUCUAUCCUUAUGGUAGCAGAGGACCAGUUGGAGCACAUUACCUAGCAGCAAGGCACAAUGUAAGAUGGGGAGAUCUUGGUGGCAAUGACUGA